GAAAGCGAUGACACCCAGUGACGGUGUGAGUCUGACCCAACAGAUUUUCCAUCGUUAAAUAAUUUUCUUUGAAUUUUCGUCACAUCCGAACAACCUCCAUAAACCCCAUGUGGCCUGCUCUCGUAUUACCAAAACCCAUUCCAUGUCGUUGCCUGGGUCUCUCUCACCCUCUGCCCAAAUCACCUAGAAAACCCAUCUCUUCUCUCUGCAACCACAACAGCAGCAUCAGCAAUCAAGAACUGAACCUUAACUGGAAGGGUUUGAAAAUCGUUCGUGGCGAGAAGUUAUUAAGUGAUCUGAGCACUUGGGGCAUUGGAGGCCCUUGUAACUAUUUUGUAGAAGUUUUUGAUCAAACCCAACUCGUCUCUGUACUCAGAUACUGUCACGAGCAUUCCAUACAAUUCAUGGUCAUUGGUAAAGGCUCAAAUUGCCUUUUUGAUGAUUUGGGGUUUGAUGGUUGUAUUGUUCUGAACCGAAUUGAAUUCUUGGAGAAGAUUGAAUCUGGCAUAUAUAGAGUUGGAAGUGGUUUUCGAUUCAAUCGUUUGGGCAUCCAGUGUUCGAAUGAAGGAUUUAUGGGUCUUGAGUUUGCUGGAGGUAUUCCUGGGACUGUAGGGGGAGCUGCUUAUAUGAAUGCAGGAGCAAAUGGGCAGGAGACUGCUGAUGUUAUUGACAGUGUUGAGAUUGUCACAAAUGAAGGCAAAUUUCAGACACUGAACAGAAUAGACCUCGACUUUGGCUACCGACUAUCACCAUUUCAAGAUAUGGAUAACUUGGCUGCCAUUGUCGCUGUCACAUUCCGAUUGAAGCACUCUGAAUCAGCAAGGAGAAGGCAACAAGAAUACUUGGAAAGGAGGAGAAUAUCUCAGCCUCUGAGGGAGCAGAGCGCCGGCUCGGUGUUCCGUAAUCCGUCAAAUUCAGGGGUUUCAGCAGCAGAGUUGAUUGAGAGAGCUGGAUUGAAAGGUUAUAGAGUGGGAGGAGCAAUGGUUUCAAACAUCCAUGCCAACUUCUUCAUUAAUUCUGGUGGCUCAACUUCUCAAGACAUGCUCCAGCUUAUUGGCUUGGUUAAAGAGAUGGUAUAUCAGAAGUUUGGAGUGCAACUAAAGGAAGAAGUGUUGUAUGUUCAUCCAUAUUGUAGAGUUUCAAUCCAAACAGAGACAAAUGACCAAUCAUGUAACAGUUGAAGAACUAAAUGAUUAGUGCUUGUGAAGUGUCAAUCACACUCAUGAUUCUCUGAAAUGAUAAUUCUUUAUUCAAUUCAAAUUCAAUGUUACUAAUCUCCCUUGUUUGGUAUUUGGAAGAAGUGCUGUAUGUUCAUCCAUAUUGUAAAGUUUGCAAUCCAAAGAGAGACAAAUGACCAGUCAUGUA